GUUCACUUGUGUUUCUUGCGUGCUUUUUUUUGGUUGUCAUGUAAACACGUAUUGUCCAGUGAGAAAAGUAGAGUAUUAUACAAGACGUAUCAUUUGAAAAUAAGAUAAUCAAGAAAAAACAAUUUAUAUAAACUUUUGGGAUAAACUAAAAUAAACUAUUGCUGACGAUGACAGAAAAAGUACGGAGAUAUGAGAAAAUCGAUUUUUUGGGUGAAGGACAGUUUGCCACGGUUUACAAGGCAAAAGACAUAGAGACGAAUAAAAUUGUGGCUGUAAAAAAGAUUAAAGUUGGAAGUCGUGCUGAAGCUAGAGAUGGCAUAAAUCGGACUGCUUUACGAGAAAUUAAAUUGCUGCAAGAAUUAAAGCAUGACAAUAUCAUUGGGUUGUUAGAUGUUUUUGGUUAUAAAUCAAAUGUAUCGUUAGUAUUCGAUUUUAUGGACACUGAUCUGGAAGUGAUAAUAAAAGAUAGCAAUAUAGUUUUAACCGCAGCCAACAUAAAGACAUAUAUGAUUCAAACCCUACAAGGCCUUGACUAUCUUCAUUUCAAUUGGAUACUCCAUAGAGAUCUAAAGCCAAAUAAUUUAUUGGUAAAUUCAGAAGGUGUUCUGAAAAUUGGAGAUUUUGGUCUGGCGAAAUUUUUUGGAUCACCUAAUCGGAUAAAUACUCAUCAAGUAGUCACGAGAUGGUACAGAGCGCCUGAAUUACUUUACGGUGCUAGACUUUAUGGAACUGGCAUUGAUAUGUGGGCAAUAGGCUGUAUAUUAGCUGAGCUUCUGUUGCGAGUGCCAUUUUUGCCUGGUGAAUCUGAUUUAGAUCAACUUACUAAAAUAUUUCAGACAUUAGGCACUCCAACGGAAGAAACAUGGCAGGGAAUGACUGAAUUACCAGAUUUUAUUCAAUUCAAGCCCUUUCCUGGCAUGCCUUUGAAACAUAUAUUUACUGCUGCUGGCGAUGAUCUUCUUGACUUAAUUGCUAGUCUCUUGAAUGUGAAUCCAUUAGAAAGAUGUACAUGUGAUCAAGCACUGCAAAUGCCAUACUUUAGUAAUAAACCUGCACCUACAGCUGGACCUAAAUUGCCUCUACCUAUGAUCAUUAAACGUCAACGUGAAGAAAGACCUAGUUUGAAAAGAAAAUUGUUAGAAUCGAUAGAAGGAGCCUCUUUAGCUAAAAAAUUGCAAUUUUAAUUGUAAUUAAUACUAAAACAAAUAGACAAAAUAAAAAAUUGUUUAUUAAAUACAACAGCCGAUUUUUGAAAAUUAGAGAGAUCUCUAAUUGUGAUAUUGUAUGUCGAGAUAUUGUGUAGCGUUGUAACAAAUUGUAGCAAAUUUUAUAAAAGUAUUACUUGAACAUAUAAAAGCAUUGUAUGCUUAUAUCUUAAUAUCUAAUAAUUUUUAUGGCAUGAAAUUCUAAUAGUAAUUUAUGUGAUAAUAUAAAAAAAAAUCUUUUCUUGAAUAAGUCACGAUGUUUCCAAUAAUGAUUGAUGAACAUGAGUGAGGAAUAGGAAAUGCAUGUAAACAGGUGGCAAUAAUAAUAUUGUACAUAUAUUAAAAAAUAUGUUGCGCUGCAAUAUCUUUAUUAACUUAAAAAUUAGUUAAAAAAUAGGAUAUUCGAACGAUUUCAUAAAUCGUGAAACAUUCAGUUCAGAGGAGUACAAAAAAAGAUUGGUUAAUUAUAAAAAAAUAUUUUGUGGAGUUUUCUUUUAUACUAAACUGAGCUUCACAAUAAUACGGACAGUAGUAUAAUAUUUAUGAUACGCACAAUUCAUUUUGCUAAUCUAUGUGUCUUAUCGUGAAUGUCUGGUGUUAGAUUUUAUAGAGAAAGAGAAAAAAUGAAAUAAAUCACAGAAGUUUGCAUGUUUUGUAGAUAAUGCUCAUACUUGAUUGUACUGCAUUGAAAUUGCUCUCUUCAAUGCAUAUUUAUCUCCAUUACAUGUACAUACAUGAAUUGUAAAUCAAUACUGUUGUGCAACAAAAAUACAAUUUAGAGAGAGUAUAAGAUUAUUCUUAAUU